AAGGGAGAUAAUCGGACGGCCUGAUUCUACUCAGGGUUGUCGUUCUGCAGGCUGCAGUUCGCUUCUCUUUGUGUUUACUGCUCUCGCAACAUGGACCUGAGAGGGAAAGGCGUGUUUCUGACAGGCGGCGCAAACGGUUUAGGACGUGCGUUUACUGAGAAGCUGCUGUACAGGAAAGCGAGGGUUCUCUUCUGUGACAUCUACACCGUCGCCGGCAAAGCUGCUGAGUGCGAACUGCAGGCAAAAUAUGGCGUCAACAAUGUUAUCUUUGUUAAAGCUGAUGUCACAGACGAGGAACAGCUGACAGAUGCGUUUAAAGAAGCAGUGUCCAAGUUUGGUGCAGUAGACAUCUGUGUCAACAAUGCCGGCAUUAUGGAUGAGAGAAUCUGGGACAAAAUGCUGGCCGUUAACACGGUGUCACACAUCCGGGGCAGUCUGCUAGCGCUCGAACACAUGCGCAUGGACCGAGGCGGUCGUGGAGGUGUCAUCAUUAACGUGGUUGCUUUAGCAGGUCUGUUUCCGUUCUCUUAUUGUCCCGCCUAUUCUGCGUCUAAACACGCCAUGAUUGGAUUCACUAGAAGCUGGGCUAUUAGCCCGGAGCAGCCAGAUCACGGGGUCAGGUGGUGCUGUCUGUGCCCGCAGGCAACGGACACCGAGUUCAUGGUCUUCCGCGAAGAUCGCAUUUACAUGAAGGACGCCAUCAUCAAGAGAAAUGAAGAGAAAGGUUUGCUUCCAGUUGUCGAAGUGGUAGAAGCUUUCAUGAAGCUGGUGCUAGAUCCAGACAACAACGGCGCCAUCUUGGAGGUUACCAAGGAGAACGGAACGCGCUACCGGAAACGACAAAUGGUGGACCCUGACGGUGUCUCCAAUCCAAUUCUAGUUGACAAAUGUCGGGACGACAAACAUCUUCUCAGGACUUUUCGCAAGCUCACUGUAGUCAUGGACCCGCAAGGCAAAGGUGUGUUUCUUACAGGCGGCGCUCAAGGCUUGGGUCGUGGUACCGUGGACAAGUUACUGUCCUUAGGAGCAAAGGUGUUGUUCUGUGAUAUCAAUGUUGAGAAAGGAAGGGCCACAGAGGCGGAGCUGCAAGAACAAUAUGGAGUCGAUGUCGUCUUCUUUCAUCCGGCAGACGUUUCGGAUGACAAGCAACACAAAGCUGCGUUUCAGAGGGCAGUGUCAAAGUUUGGAACUGUGGACAUCUAUGUCAACAAUGCUGGGAUAAUGAACGAGAAUACCUGGGAGAAAAUGAUAGCAGUCAACGUGGGUGGAUACAUCCGGGGCAGUCUGCAGGCCCUGGAGCACAUGCGCCGUGACCGCGGAGGUCGUGGUGGGGUCAUCAUUAACGUCGCGUCUAAGGCAGGUCUUAUUCCUUCUCUUUGUUUCCCGAGUUAUGUUGCAUCAAAGCACGCUGUCGUUGGCUUUACCACCAGCUGGGCUAUGAGUCCUGAUCAGAAGGACCAUGGUGUCCGGUGGUGCUGCCUGUGUCCGGACCCUAUAGAUACCUCAAUGAUUAAAAACAACAACAACAUCUAUCACCAAGAACUAUUCGAACAGUAUGUGAAAGAAAAUGGAGUGAUGCCGGUCUCCCAGGUAGCAGAGGUCAUCAUAAAACUGAUAAGAGAUCCGGAAAACAACGGCGCCAUCUUGGAGGUGUCCCUUCGAAAGGGAGCGAAUUACCGGCGAAGGCAGGUUGUGGACCGUGACGGUGUUUCUGACCUCGUGGUGGUGGACACCUACUAAAGGACAGCUCCCAUGACAUCUCAUAAUACUUGCAAAUUAAUAUACUAAACAGCCUAGCUUAUCAUACCAUUACAGGAAAGGGUUAAUAUACACAAAAUGCUGCUUUGUUCAUUAGUGUAUUGGUUAAAGUAUUAUCGCUGUAGCAAAAAGAUUUCUUUAUUUUCGAUUGUGGUGAUGCUGCUUCUACGCUGCUGAUUUUAGCUAUUAUCGACAUUUUGUUCAUGUCAAGGGUCGAUAUGAAAGGGUUUUUUUUUGCAUGUAAUAAUAAUGUUUAUUUGUAUAGCCAUUUACCCACCAUUAAAGGUGGGCUCAAAGCGCUUUACUAAAAAAGAAAAAAACAAAAAUCAAAAGAAUGGAUAUUAGUCUCAAAAACAGUUGAAGAAUCAAUGUAUAUUUUAACCUUUGUAUAUUCCUUUUUAUAUCUGAUAGUCUCAGGCCACACUUUCAAACUGUGCGAUGACUAGUUCUGAUAAUGAUGACUCACUGAUGUUAUGUGACCGUCAACUUGUUUUCUGACAAUGGUGAGAAGGUGAUGUGUGGCCGACUUGCUGGUGGAGAAGCAGCUGAGAUUUGGGACAAACACAAUAUACUUUGCUACUGACUUCUGUCUUUCUUUAGCCUCUUGUCACUCUUGAAUCUAUGAACUUUACCAGCUACUAGUUGCAAGAAAGACAUAAGUACAGUAGUAAGCUCAAAAACAAGUCGGUUUUAAUCAGCAUCAUUCAGACUAGUCUGAGCGACAUAUUUCACUGAGCUUCCGUGAGAUACAUGAUGUCUAUCAUUGCAGACUGGUAUUAAUCCAUAUAAAAAUUGAAGAAGAGGAGUCAUCCUCGAGCCAGUUAGGUGAAGGAACAUCGCUCUGUAUCAUUUAUCAUUGAACUUUUUUGAAAUCUUUGAUAUGCAUGCAUUUUGUGGUAGUAUGUUUUAUUCCUCUUCUAAUGCACUACUUAGGCAAAAUAUAUAUAUAUAGAAAUAAAAUAAAGCAACGUUUAUGAAAGAAAAAUGCUUUCUGUUACUUUCGCUCGAGUCAUUUACCGAACUGAUGUCUUAAAGGUGAAGCUUGGCAAUGCACGUGCUGACCGCGAUGCUGUUUAUUACUUACCUUGUGUUAUCUCAUGCACCUGCUCAAUAAAGUUACAACUCAUACCUUA